AUGGCUGCCAGAAAAGAACCGGCUACCGGCUCCAGCUUCGCUGAGAAGAGCCACGACUUUGCUGGGAAGACGCUGCAUUUGCUGGGCGCAGGGUUCUCAUUCAGCUUUUUGUACAGUAGUACUGGAGUGCCCGUUAAAGAGGCAGGCGUAAGGGAGAGGAAAGUCGGCUUCAUGACCGUGAAAGCGUUUGCUCUCGGGUUGUACAUCGACGAUGAGGGGCUUCAGCUGUUGCACCGCUUCAAGGGCAACACCGCCUCCCAGCUCGAAAAGUCUGAGGACUUCUACAAGCAGCUCAUGACAGGCAACUUCAGCAAGCAACUCGAGAUGAUUCUUCAGCGCGACGCGACCGGGGAAGACUUCGGCAAGAACCUGCAGGAGACUCUGAAGCCCGGGGUAUUGGCGCACGGGGGAAGCGGCGCCGACUUGGAUAAGCUGAACGCCCUGUUUAAGGGCAAGACGAUGAAAAGCGGCGCGGGCAUCUUCAUGGCGACUAGGACCCCGGGCGUGCUGGAGGUCGGUUUGGUUGAGGACGCUUCCAAGCUUGAGCCCCCCGCCGCGCCCCUCGGUUCCGUGGAGUCUCCCCCGGUGGUUGCCGCCCUUUUUGAGAAUUACCUGGGACCCAAAGCCGUGUCUCCUUCCGCCAAGUCCGCCUUCGCCGCGGGGGCCGCCAGCCUGCUGGCAACCGUGUGAAUGCUGACGUCACGAUGUGACGCAAAAAUGCUAGAUAAGUUUGUAGUUUUAGCCAGUGCGAUUCUGAGAAUUACCUGGGACAAAGCCGUGUCUCCGUCGGCCAAGUCCGCUUUUUCCGCGGCCGGGCGCCGCCAACUUGCUGGCAACCGUGUGACUGCUGACGUCACUGUGAGAUGGAUAACCAUGCUGGUUGGCGCGGAUACCGGCGCUUCUUUCCUUAAAGGGGAGCGAUUUUGGGGAGUACGUUGCCAGGCGCUGGAAUUGUUCGGCGGCUCUUGAGUUUAGUGUUGUGUGACAUGGCUCGUCAGACAAAGUCGAUGCAGCCAGCUUAAUUUUUGCCGCUAAGAGACCGUACCAGUUGUCAGGUGUUCGGUAAUUAAGACCGAGAGGUGUAC